AUCUCGCUGUAUUAAGUUGUAUAUGUUGUUGUACACGUUUGUUGUGUUAAAAAUGCCAAAAGGAAAAUUAGAAGAUCAGCUCGAGGAAGACUGGGCAGAUAUUGGGACAAAAAUUAAAACAGGUGACAAAAAGAAUUCCCUUGAUUCUGACGAAGAUGACGAUGGUGAAGGAAAAGCUUACGACAUUUUAUCAGAAGGUGAAAUUGAAGGUCAAGAAGAGGGAGCAGUUGGUUUUGAUGGUGAAGUUGCAAUUACACCAUUCAAUAUGAAAGAAGAGUUAGAAGAAGGACACUUCGAUACUGAAGGCAAUUAUCAUUGGAAAAAGGAAGGAAAAAUAAAGGAUAAUUGGCUUGAAAAUAUUGACUGGGUUAAGAUAAAAAAAAUAGAUGGACAAACUCAAGGAGCUGAAGAAGUUGGAAAUGACAGUGGGAGUGAUUAUUCAAGUAAUGCCUCACCUUUUGACCGUGUAUCUGUUUACAAACAGAUGCUAGAAUUAAUGAAGCCUGGUGAAUCCGUUGCAAAAUCAUUACGGAGGCUUGGAGGCAACAAACGUAUUUCUGCAUCAGAGCGUUGGCGGAGGAAGAAAGCUGGACAAGAAGACAGCAAACAAGGCAAUCAGCAGCAAGUUAUAGAACUGACAGAACUAGCAAACCGUCUCCUUACCAAGACUGGUAACAUGGAUAUUUACCAGGAAAGCUAUGAACAUAUUGCCAGUUUGAUCAGUAAUGCAGAGAAACAAAAUGUAUGGAAACAAUCCAGGCCAACAUUGGAUUAUGAGGAUGCAUUAGACAUGUAUGCAGUUGAUUUUGAUGAGAAGGAGAAAGCAAGAAUGGAGCAGCAAGCAAAGAAAAAGAACAAGGGAGAAGAGGCAGUUGGUGUAAGCUGUAUGGAAAGUGGAAAACAAGAAACAGGAGGAGCAACAGGGAAUGGAAUUGUGAAAAUGCUGACAAGCAGUAGCCAAGAAGAGAAUCAAGAAGUCAUGUGGGAAUUUAAGUGGGAAGAGAAGAGUACAGAUAUUCAUGGUCCACAUACAACAUCCCAGAUGCAGGCCUGGGUGGAUCAAGGCUACUUCAGCAAGUCUGUUCUUGUGCGUAAAUGUGGUACAGAUGGUCAGUUCUACAACUCCUCAAGAGUAGAUUUCGAAUUGUACUUGUAGACAUUUUUUAUACCAUUUUCCUUGUAAGUAGCUUGGGUUUGUGUAUGAACACCGUUUGAAUUUCAGUGUACCUUUCUUUGAGAUUUGUUUCUUUACCAAGGAACAAAGAAAUUUUUACUGUUUUCACUGUUAAAGGCAUUGGUUUCAGAAGUAUCAUUAUGCUGAAUAAUCUUUAUUUACUGUAAAAAUUUGGAGUUAGUUUCAUUGUUAACAGAAAUACAAAGUGUUUGAGCAGGGCAGGAUUUAAGGGGGCAUGGCCAAGAUAGUCACCUGGAGGCCUCCAAAAAGCAGAAAUGGAAUUCACACAUUUUAUUGAGACAUUUGCACAUCUAAAAUGAUAAGAAGUUUCUUUUUUAAUUCACUUAGUGGGGGCUGGAGUCCAACUGGGUCCACUCGGCACAACAGCCACUGAUUGGC